CGUGCCAGUAUUGCAUUUUAUCUUUAAACUGGAGGCAUGCCAGUGUAAUUAGAGCUUUAACAUGUUCUUAUUGAAUAAGUUCAUCUUGUAUUUUCUUAAGUCUAACAGGCCUUGAUGCGUUCUUUUACGCAUGAAAAUCGAAUUUUGCGGUGGUUGCUGGUUGUUGUGACAUUGUUGACAGUCAUUCAAGUUCCAGAACUGCUGGGGGAAAAUUUAUUGAAUGGAGCAAGACUGGGCACGUUUCCAAAACCGGACUUUCGAACCAAUUUUACCCUUAAGUCAAACCAGGGCUCUGGUUCAUACAAGGAGAUUCGUCAUGGGCUAAAUUCGGAUCCAUUUUAUGUGCGAGUCUUUGCAAGGCCCACAGACGGGAACAACAGUGGUUUUUGCUUUAACGGAAUAGGCUCCAGUCAGUCUUCUCCGUCAAGAAGCUCUUUUGGAGGCUUGAUAUUUGCGUACAACUCAGAUUUCGUUCGCAUAUGGGCUCCGUCAGAUCUUAAAGGCCAUGUGGUGUUCGUGAAAGACGGAUGGGGAGGUGAAGUGAACACCCAACUGUCGAACGAAGCCGAAGUUGUUGUCGAAGUAUGGAAGGACGGACCGUUGCCUACAUUUCAAAUUGAACACAUUAUUGACACACGGACGAAAGAACCAAACAAGGCGUACCUACUAAUAGAUCAUGAAUUGAGACAGUUACCGGAAAGAGUUGUUGUCAGAUUGUCGCCCCUUGAGACAAGUGAUGCGGAAAGAAACCCAAAUAAAGGAUUUUGGUUCCAUGGAAUCGCUUCAUCCCAAAAUCCUGAUCCAAGUAACAACUUUGGCGGGGUAAUAUUCGCUUAUAAUGAAAGAUGGGUUCGUUUAUGGGCUCCUGAUGGACUUAACCAAACCACUGGAUGCAUUUCUAUCGGUGAAGAAUGGGCAGGGGGAUUCAAUUCACAAAGAGUUAAAAAAUGUAAGGUGGAGAUUUUGCUUUGGGCAAAUCAGCUUCCCGUCCCAACUUUUCAGUCAGAUUGGUUUGGCCUUAGAGGUCAGAGAGAUCAACAUUCAUUUGCAGAAAUUUAUCAUGGUUUGAAAAUAUUACCAUCUCUUGCCAUUGUGCAAAUUAAAGCAUUAAACGAUAUGAAUAUUGGCUAUGUAUUUGAGGCGCAAGGUGCAACACAGUCAGACGAUGAUGGUUUUAAUGAAUAUGGUGGAGUGGUUUUUGCCUAUGAUGAGAACAAGGUCCGAAUUUGGGCACCAAGCAAACACGACGAGUCAAAGAAGGGGUAUCCUAUUCUUGUGAAGGAAGGUUGGGGAUAUGGCUCCAAUAGUCAAAAAGGUGGAUUUGUCAACGUUGAAAUCAGAGUUGUUUUAUAUGCCAGCAAAUGCAACAUUUCAUCUCAAGUAAUAUUUGAGGGUGACCAUUGUAUUACAGCUCUUUAUGACUCCUACAAGACUCUAUCGUCCUGGUCACAGUGUUCUAGUAUUUGUAAUAGUGGAACACAGAAGAGAACAUUAACAGGUUGCCAGGUCACAGUUAAAAAACCUGUGUUCCCUUCAUCUUGUGAUUUUGAGAAUGGAAUGUGUGGGUGGACUUCAGCGAUUGGGGGUGGUGCUAAACUAAAAUGGAUCAGAACUAAUACCUCUACUCCUGCCUCAAACACAGGACCUUUGUGGGGACAUCCUAAAGGCUCUUUCUACAUAUACACCAAUACUACAAAUGCUAGAGUGUCUGAUCAAGCUUUCUUAACAAGUCCAAAUAUUGGUGGUGCUGGCAAUUGUUACUUGCGAUUCUUCUGGAACAUGUAUGGAAGUGAUGUAGGCACACUUGCUGUGCAUGUUAAUACCAAAGAUCCUCUUUUGACCGUUUAUCCUAAAUGGUCAGAAUCAGUUUGGAACAUGACAGGCGAUCAAGGGGACAUUUUCUGGAGGGCUGCAUUUGUACAUCUUGCAGAAUUUAGCAAAAUUUACCAAAUUCGUUUUAUACAUACAUUGCCAGAGAGCAACUGUGGAUCAGAUAAAGCACUGCAGUGUACUAUUUGCAAAAAUAAACAAUGUCCAGCUGCUAAUGCAGCUAUUGAUGACAUUAGGUUAGAUUGCGAGACUAAACAGGACGUUUUGCCAGUGGAGUCUUGCACUAACAAAUGGCCAGUGUUGUCUGGUUGUGAAAUGAGAGCUGAUAUGCCUUCAUCUACAGGUCCUGCCUACAGUGUUGAACAUGAUGGCAAAGAAAGCUAUGUAAGAGCCACUGGUUCACAAUAUGACCUGAUAGCCACUUAUGAAUUUAAGGUAUUGUCCAUGGCCAGUUACGUGGUUUGGAAACAAACCUUUGCCACAACAAAUGCAACAAAUGACGUCUCCUUUAGAGUUGAUGAGGGGGAUUGGUAUGUCUGGCGACUGCCAUAUAAAGGUUCCAGUUCCUUGUGGACUCAGUUUUACACUCAGCAAUUCAAGCUGAGACCUGGUAUUCAUAAAUUGUCUUUGAGACAAGUAGAGUAUGGUUUCCGUGUAUCCAAACUUGCACUUGUCCCAGUUUUUCUAACAAUGUGGACUGACCUAGGAAUGCAGAGCCGUCAUAUUCCAGAUUCAUCUCUUUCUGCGUUCCCCCCUAAUAAUAACCCUGAACCAAGAUAUGGAAGACUGCAUGCAAGAGAUGCUUGGUGUUCAUCAGACCACAAUAAGGGAUAUGUAUACUUCCAGAUUAGACUGCCUCAGUUAGCACUUCUGUCUGGAAUAUCAGUACAAGGAGGAAAGGAUAUAUUGCAGAAGUCAAAUAAUUACUGGGUUUCAAGUUUCAGAAUGAAGGUUUCCCUGGAUGGUGUCAGAUACACUUGGUACAGAGAUACCCACGGCAGGCGGACAUUUACAGCCAACAAUGAUGCGUCAAGAAUAGUUAAUCACACUUUGGAGUUUGCCAGCCCAGUUCGUGGAGUGAGGAUAUAUCCUUGGGACUGGGCAUACUGGAUAUGUUUGCGAACUGAACUCUAUGGAAUUUACCUGAGUAGUGAAGUUUGUGCCAAUCCUGGCCCAGCUGAAAAGAUGAGCAGGUCAUGUGUGGGUGAUAGGGACUGUGGUCUGAAUGCUGAGUGCAAACAAAAAGGUACAACUCGCUAAAAUAAUAAAAAUAGAGGAAUGAUACUGUGCUCUCCAUGCUGAAGGUUGGGAAACCUUUUUAAUGAAUCUUGUGGCUGUUUGCAUGGUUACCAUGGCAUCAGCUGUCAACACUAUGGAUGUUCAUCAAAUCCUUGCCUGAAUGAUGGGAAAUGUUCAGAGGGGAAUGACACCUUUCAUUGUACCUGUCAACCCAGUUACCAUGGAGACACCUGUCAGCACUCAUGUGAAGAGGGUUACUAUGGCUUCAACUGUAGUCAGAAGUGUUUGUGCCAAAAUGGCACAUGUGAUGGAGUAACUGGACAUUGCAGCUGUGAACGUGGAUAUCAUGGGAGAUACUGUGAACUGGGCUGCAGCCCUGGUUAUUUUGGCUACAACUGUGUCCAGCGGUGUCAGUGCAGAAAUGGUGAAGUGUGCCAUCCUGUGACAGGGGUGUGUGACUGCACAGUGGGUUGGAGAGGGGCAUUGUGUGAUAAGCCUUGUGCGUUGAAUACAUGGGGAAAGAACUGCUCGUUAAACUGUUCAUGUCAAGAGUCUGCCAAAUUUUGUGACAGGUUCACUGGGGAAUGCAUCUGUUUACCAGGAUAUUUUGGCAAGAAAUGCCAGUAUCCUUGCCCCGUAGGAACAUAUGACUACAACUGUAGUGGCAGUUGUCAAUGUCAACAUGAUGCAAAUUGUUCCAGUGAGGAUGGCACUUGUAAUUGUACCCAGGCAGGGUGGACUGGGGUACUGUGUGAUCAGCCUUGCCCAGGAGGAUACUAUGGUGUCAACUGUUCUCAAAAAUGCAGGUGUCAGAAAGGGUCAGCUUGUGAUCCAAUAACAGGAUCUUGCAUUUGUGGAAGUGGCUCUUCAGGUCUGCUCUGCGACAAAACUUGUAGUCAAGGGUACUGGGGUAAAAACUGUACAAUUGCAUGCUCCUGUGUUAAUGGUGCAUUCUGCAAUCCCAUAAAUGGACAGUGCAAAUGUGAGAAUGCAGGUGGCUGCCAGUGCAAUCCUGGUUGGACUGGCUCCGACUGCACUGUGCCUUGUGGCAAUGGUUCUUGGGGAGGAUCUUGUAACAAUACCUGUUUAUGUGGACCCAAGGGAGUGUGUAAUCAGAGUAAUGGAAACUGUCACUGUCUGCCUGGUUACACAGGCUCCAAAUGUGACCACCUUUGCCCACAAGACCACUAUGGUCAGAACUGCACCUACAAAUGCAAUUGCUCCUCUUCAUCAUCUCUUGGUUGUGACCCCCUCACUGGCAGCUGCAACUGCAAACCAGGCUUCGUAGGACCACUCUGCAAUAUCCCGUGCUUAGCAGGCCAGUGGGGCACUAACUGUUCCCAGUCCUGCUAUUGUGUGAAUGGCUCUUGUCAUCCCAUGUCUGGAAACUGUACUUGCAAUCGAGGUUGGAAGGGGCUGCUAUGUGACCAGGCCUGCCCCAGCUGUGGUCAGCCAUGCCCCACUUGUCACCAUAGCAAUGGUUCCUGUGAUCAGGCCUUGGGGAAGUGCAUCUGUUUUCCAGGCUACCAGGGAAGCUCAUGUUUGGAACCUUGCAGUGCAGGCUACUUUGGUGAGAAUUGUCAGAGGAAAUGCAACUGUGCGGAUGGUGCACUUUGUCAUCACGUGACUGGGGAGUGUCUGUGCAAACCUGGGUGGACAGGAAGCCGAUGUGAAAAACGUUGUCCUCAAGGUUUAUUUGGAAUGAAUUGUACCCAGUCCUGCUCCUGCGUUCGUGGAACUUGCAAUCCUCACGACGGAACCUGUGAAUGUCCACCCGGUUACCAUGGUGACCUGUGCGACAAUCCAUGCCCCAGUGGAUGGCAUGGCCCAGGGUGUGGUCUUAGGUGUCUUUGUGGCAAUGGUGCUGCCUGCGAUCAUAAAACAGGACAAUGUAGAUGUUCCCCUGGCUGGACAGGUUUGACGUGUCAACAAUCCUGCUUCAACGUUUCCACCGUUGUUGGCUUUUUCGGAGCAAACUGCUCGGAAAGAUGUGUGUGUCCGGGGUCAUGUGAUCCGGUGAAAGGCACUUGCUCUUGUCCAAGUGGAUUCCGAGGUCCGAAUUGCGUCGAGUCCUGUCUUAGGGGGUGGUAUGGACCCAACUGCCUACAAAGGUGCCACUGUAUGAACAGUGCAUCUUGUGAUCACGUGAGCGGUACGUGCACAUGUGCGCCAGGAUGGUUUGGGGAGAACUGCACGGAGAGGUGCCCCACGGGCUAUUAUGGAAUGCAGUGUGCCUCCAAGUGCCGGUGCAGUGUCAAUGGUACAGAGGUUUCUACUUGUGAUUCGGUGACGGGGGAGUGCAAUUGUCGACCUGGCUAUAGGGGUUACAAGUGCGAAGAGCAAUGUCCUGAAGGGUUUUUUGGCAAAAACUGCAGCCAGCGAUGUAUUUGUGAGAACAGCUACGCUUGUGACUUUACAGAUGGUACUUGCUACUGUAAACCUGGAUAUCACGGACAAACAUGUAAGCUAAGCUGCGGGACAGGUUACUAUGGUAUUAACUGCAAUAAUACGUGCCCGUGUAAAAAAUCAAACACUAAGUCAUGUGACAAGGUUGACGGAAGUUGCACGUGCCUGGACGGUUACACGGGUGUCUUUUGCGAGAGUGUGUGUUCCGACGGUUUUUACGGAAGUAACUGCGUCCAAAAAUGUACGUGCCAAAAUGGUGCUGCUUGUGACCACGUAAAGGGCAAGUGCAGCUGCACGGCUGGAUUUCGAGGUCGAAACUGCGACAUAACGUGUGACGAGGGCAGCUUUGGUGUCAACUGCGCUAACAGUUGCUCAUGUCGAAAUGGCGCGAGUUGUAGUCCUUAUACUGGCGAGUGCUACUGUUUACCUGGCUUCUCAGGCAAUCGUUGUGAAUCUGAAUGCCCUAGUGGCAGGUACGGUAUUCGCUGUGCACAUCCCUGUGACUGUAACCUGGGGAACAGUCCUAAAUGCGACCCCAGCACAGGCAAGUGCAUUUGUGCACGAGGAUUCCAAGGUAUCAGGUGUGAUGAGCCUUGUGAAGAUGAUUUCUACGGCGAAGAAUGUAAAACACAAUGUCCCAUAUGUUCAAGUCACUCGUUCGGUCCUUGUGAGAAGGUACAUGGCAACUGCUCGUGCACUCCUGGUUACCAAGGAUACCUUUGCUUCGAUGACUGUGCGCUGAACCGAUAUGGCUUGCACUGCAAGGAAGUGUGUGAGUGUUCGGUAAACGAACUUUGCCAUCACAUCAACGGGAUGUGUUUGGAUCUGUCCAGAGGAAAAUUCAGCCUGAUCGUCCAGGAAAACGUGGACGAGCUUGACCUACUUGCAAGGAAGAGAGACAUUAAGAGAGGGUUGGAAAAACUAAUGGAACUUUACUAUGAUAAAGCUGAAGAUAAUGGAAAGUGGGGAACAAAAAUUCGUCGCAGUUUACAGGAUAGCGACAACGCAACUUCCCACAGCACGGAUGAACCCUCAGAUCAGUCCUCCAACCCUGAAAGCAGUGACGGCCUUGAGGACAAGGAAGUCAAGCAUGUGUUCAUGGUCCGCCUGCUGGAGCUACAGCCAGUACUGACAGAAAAACAGGAAAAUGCCACAAGAGUCGUUUGUGUUCUCCUCGAUAACUUUACUGUGGUGAAUGGACAUUUUGUGGAUGAAGUCCUAUCCAAGGUAACAAGUGAGGAUGUUUCGUCAACUCUUCUAGUCGAGUACUACACUGGCAAACUGUACAGGGAAAACCCUGGGUCUACCAUAGCGGUACAUCUUCCGCUUAUCAUUGGUGUCUCUGUAGGCUUCUUCCUGAUAUUAGUUAUCCUCGCCUUGUUUGCGCUCAUACGUCGGAGAUACAAGCAAAAGUGUGGAUUUUCUGGCUACAAGAAAACCACGAAAGACCAAAGCGAAUUUGAGCUUCAGCCUUGGAUUGGUCGAAGUACAGGCUACUUGCUGGCUUUCGACAACCCUUACUAUGACGUUCUUGCUGCUAUGGGGUUAGACGAUGACGUGGAGGAAGAUUAUUACAAUCCCCUUUACGAUGAUGUCAGUGUGUACAGUGACAGCGGUGAGAACACAAGUGAAGACAGUUGUCAUAAAGACCUUAGCUCCAUGGUGAUAAGAUAGGUAGUGUAAACCUUACGUUUCAAACUGAGAAGGGAAAGUGGUCCUGCGUAGUGGCCAAGUCCCUGCGACGUUGAGUUAAGUUUCGCUGCUCAGCUUUGCUGGCACCACUUACAACAGGGUAUUAAACUUGCUAAAAAUGGAAGGCCAGAGUUUCAGGCCAGAUUAAAAAAGGCCUAAAGAGCUGCCACAAUACAAAUAUUAGAAAGCCGGAAAAUAUACGGGCUUAAAACGUUAAGAGAAUAUUUGUUAAAGUUAGUCGAUUAUUUUUCUAAGUUUACGGAGUUAAUUUACAUUUUAUAUUCGUAAGUAGUAAAUUUAUUAGUUAUUUUUGAAUACCUCGAUGAGGCUUCGAAACAAAGAGGUUCAGUAUCUUCACGCAAAGGUACUGUACUCGUUCGCUUAGGUUUCGGUCUGGCUUAAAUGUUCUCAUAAAUUUGCUAUGCUUGUCAUGGAACGGAGGAUCUUGUUAAUAGUGCUUGAGAGAAAAAAGGCCAGCAUGGUACUUAAUUAGGCAAUACUGAAGAAAAUGUUAUCUUUGUUUAUUAUUUGGACACUUCCAAAAGCCUUACCGUUUUGUUUAAAAAGGAUAUA